AUGAAUUCGCCUGAAAUUGAAAAAGCUGCACGCUUCGAGCAUGCUACUGAUCUGAGCCAGAAUCCUCUGGCUGUUCCGUUAUCUUCCGAUUCCGGUAGUGAGAGCUCUGCUGAAAACAGAUCUGCUGUUGUCAGCAGUUGUUCUGUUCCAGCGAAACAUCCGAAGGCCGAAUCAUCAUCUCAUUCGGCUGAUUUGAAAACAAAAAGAAGCAGAGAUGGGACCGGUGAUUUGAAAACAAAGCCGUCAAAACCAACAAAAUCAUCAAGGAUGAAAGCAUCAGCUGGAAAAACGGAUACAGCGAAACGGGUUAAGAUUAAAAGCAAAAGGACUUCGAAUCGUGCAACGAAUAAGCUAAUCGAUGAUGAGCGGCCACCAAUCGAUCCCAAUUCGUACGAUUCGCUGUAA